UGCAAUGUAAAUUUUUAUCUCAUGGCCGAAGGGUUACGCGACUUCCUUACUAUUCUCGUGUCAAUGACUUUAAUCGUGCCAUUUACAACCUUAUCAACAGGGUACAAAUAAAUACGACUUGUACAUAUUUAAGACGUAGAAGAUAGAGCAAAACCUCUGAUUCUCUAUACAGUCGGUAAUUCAGAACAUAUGACACCGUGUCCCAUAAGCUUGCAAGUCUAUCCUGUACUUCGUCUUUGAUUCAGCUUUGCAGAAUUUGACAUCAGCACCCAUCAAAUUUGGCAGCCUUGAAUACUCUGUCACCGCAUGAACCACACUUGCUUUGUUUCCUAACCGUAAAAACGUGUGUUAUAUUAGUCAAAAUAAUACUUUACUAACAACAUAAUCGGAACAUAAAAUUUAAGAAACUAUCUGUAUUAAAAUGGCUGAAGCAAUGCGUCAAACUGUGGCUGGUAUGUUGAAAGGCAUCGAGAGGUAUAAUCCAGAUCAUUUAGCAACUCUUGAAAAAUAUGUUGAAAUACAAUCCAGAGAAAAUGCAUAUGACUUAGAAGCUAAUUUAGCAGUUUUAAAGCUUUAUCAAUUGAAUCCUCAUAGAUUCAACAUGGAUAUUACUUGUCAGAUAUUGUUAAAAGCUCUGACAAAUCUUCCACAUACUGAUUUCGUUCUUUGCAAAUGUCUUCUCAGUGAAAGAAUUAUGCAAGAAAGCCCCAUUAAUGAAAUUAUGUACUUAGGAGAUAUUUUAGAACAGUGCGACUUUCAGCACUUUUGGGAUAGAGUUCUUUCAAUGGCUGAUCUUUGUGACAAAAUUGUAGGAUUCCAAGAUUCAGUAAGAAAAUUUGUUUGUCAUGUAGUGGGAAUAACAUUUCAAACAAUAGAAAAAAGUCUUCUGGCACAACUACUUGGCGGUGUUGAUGAUAAUACUCUGAAACACUGGGUAAAAAAAUAUGGAUGGAAGGAAGAGAGUAAAACGAUUAUCUUUAUCGCAAAUCAAGACGAAAAUAUAAAAACAAAAAAUAUUACAGAAAAAAUAGAUUUUGAGAAUGUUGCUGGCUUAAUGGCUGCUUGUCUUUAAAAUCUAUUUGUGAAAUA